CUAGAAUGAUUGAUUUUAUUUUUCUCUAAUCUUUCUUGUUAUCACGAGAUUCACACACAGACGACUGAGCACUGUCCAACAAGCACCGGCAAUUCAAUGUUCCAAGAAACGCCAACAAAAUAGAUUUUUAAUUCACCAAAUCUGAUACCAAACAUUAGUAAAAUAAUUUCCAAAUCAAUGAGUUGUGGAGUGCUUUCUUUGGGGGACCGUCUAAUAAUGAAACUAUUCUGGUUGGUCUUUGCCCGUGGCUAUUUAAUUUGCUAUGUUUUGCUCAGGUAUCACCUAGCUCAAAAUCAUUACAGUGCUUAUACACUCCGGGAGCAACACCAAAAUUUCCAAUUCAAGUGUUAUUAACACAUUUUUCCUCGCAAAUAAUUUUGUAUUGAUGUCUCAGGUAUUGCUCAUUUCAGAAUGUUUUGUCCGACCCAAGUCCGAGAUUCAAGACUCACAAAAGCACCAUUACUUAAGUCCUGUAGCUUUAGAAUUGCUGUCAAUAGGAAACACACAAUAUGGUCUUCUUUUUAAAACCUCAGCAACUUUCAGCUCUAAGAAUAUCUAUAACAACCUACAAACCUCUCUUUCUCAUGCCCUGGACUUCUUUUACCCGUUGGCUGGUCGCUUCGUUACCAAAAAAUAUGAAGAUGAACAUAGUUGCUCUAUAUUCCUCGAUUGCAGUAAGGGUCCAGGAGCUAGGCUCAUCCAUGCUUCGGCCUUAGAGCUUAGUGUAGCUGAUGUUGCCGAAACCAGCACAGACGUACCUCUGGUGAUCCAGUCAUUCUUUGAUCUGGGCGAGCGACAAGUUAAUCAUGACGGCCACACCAGAGCAUUGUUAUCGCUUCAGCUGACAGAACUUGCUGAUGGGUUUUUUAUUGGAUGCUGCAUCAACCAUUCUGUUGGUGAUGGGACAUCUCUGUCUCAUUUUCUUAAUAUCCUGUCACAUAUAUUCGUUUCUGGAGCAGAAACAACACAUGUCUCACGCCCACCUGUGUUUGAAUUACCCCGUUCAAUUUCUGAGAGCUAUCCAACCCUGAAACUACCAUUCAUGGAAGAGAAUGAAUUCAUAACCCGAUUCAACGAAAGCCAUCUAUUAAGAGAUAGAAUAUUUCAUUUCUCAGCUUCGUCAAUGGCAAAACUCAAGGCCAAAGCCAAUGCCGGGGCCAAAAACAUGCUACCAACACUAUCUUCUUAUAAGGCCUUGUGUGGGCUUAUCUGGAAGGCCAUUACUCGAGCUCGGAAAUUAUCCUGUGACGAAGAUACCAAAUUUAUAUUGACAGUAAAUAUUAGGCCUCGUUUAAACCCACCUUUAUCCCCUGACUAUUUCCCAAACUCCGUUGUUCUAGCAAUAGCGACUGCGAAGGUUGGUGAGCUGCUCACGAAGGACUUAGGUUGGGCAACCAUGCUGAUCCACCAGCAGGUCGAGGCAGUAGAUGAUGGAGCUGCUCGUAAAGCAUUGGUGCUGUCACCUGGGAAGAGUCCGACACUAGAGCCACCGGGGCAUAUAUCGUUUGGUCCUAACCCUGUUGUUAUGGGUGGUUCACCCAGGUUUGAUUUUUAUGGAGCUAAUUUUGGAUUUGGUAAACCAGUGGCUGUUAGGACUGGCUACACCAACAGAGAUGACGGGAAGCUUACAUCUUUUCCAGGGUGUCUUGGUCUUAAUAGUGUUGAUCUACAAGUUAGCCUUGAAAACAUGAAUGAGCUUUUGUUGGAUGAGGAAUUCAUGAGCCAUGUUUCAUCAGCAUCUAAAAGUUAGCCUUGAAAACAUGAAUGAGCUUUUCCUGGAUGACGAAUUCAUGAACCAUGUUUCAUGAGCUUACUUCAUUAAUUUUGCCUUACAAUGGCAAUUACUGUUUUAUUGCAAUCUGGUAUUGUGAUGCUACAUUUUGAAGUGUUCAAUGGCAAAUGAGGAUUUGUUUAUGGCAAUGAACAAUCGCCUACAUUACAUGGAUUUUCUAAAUAACCACUCGUGUUUGGGCCGAGGGGAUGGCUCGUUUGA